AUGCCCCACUGGCUCGUCUACCACCCUCCCAACACCUACGCCGACGACGAAUCCAAAGAUGCCCUCGUCAAAGCCAUAACCGACUUCUACAUCGGCGUCGGCAUGCCCGCCUUUUACGUCGUCGUAAACUUCAUCAAAGUCGCCCACGAAGAUUUCUACGUCGGCGGCGUCCGGCGCGCUGCCAAUGACAAACCCUUCAUCCGCUUCACCAUCAACCACGUUGCGCACAACUAUCCCGACGACGACAAGGUCAGGCGCGAGGCCGGCGACGUGUUUAACCGGCUUUUGACGCCGUUGAUGAAGGGCAAAUAUGAUUGGGAGUUUCACAUUUCGGAGACGGAUAGGAGGCUUUGGAAGACGAAUGAGUUUACGCCGCCGGAGGCUGGUAGUGAGGGUUUGAAGCUAUGGGUCAAGGAGAAUCGCCCGGUUCCUUAUUAA